AUGUGUAUGGAGCAAGAAUGGACAGUUGUUGAGCAAUUGGUUCUAGUAGAGUCAAUUGACUAUUAUUGUCCAUAUGAUUAUAGAGACUGGAGAUUAGUUAGUGAGUUAGUAAUAAAGACAAUGUCAUAUUUUAAUCAUGGUAAUAUUAAAUUAUACAGUCCAGAUGAAUGUUUUAAUCAAUGGACUGUAAUUGAAAAGAAGUAUUUGGAUAAGAUUCCAAUUGAAUGUUCUUUAUUAAGGUCAAUCAUUCUUAUUCUUAGAAAUAAAAGAAUUGAAGAACUUGAUACAGAAAUCCAAAUCAUUAAACAACGUCUUCUUCAUUUCAAACAAAUAUCUUAA